GAGGUGAGUAUAAAUAAGCGACGGCACAGCCUAGUUGGUAUAGUAAUCAUUGACAACUUCAACGAUCUACACGCCUUCAACAUGAAAUUCGCCAUCGUUCUGUUCGCCCUCUUCGCCGUGGCCGUGGCCGCCCCCCCUCAGGAAGUUCAGAUCCUGCGGUCGGAGUCUGAUGUCGGACCCGCGAGCUUCAAAUACGCCUAUGAGACCAGCGAUGGUGCUCAGGCACAGGCUGACGGACAGUUGAAGCAGGUCGGCAAGGAGGAGGCCAUCGUCGUCCGUGGCUCUUACUCCUUCGUGGCUGAUGAUGGUCUGACCUACACCGUGAACUACGUCGCCGAUGAGAACGGAUUCCAGCCCCAGGGUGCCCAUCUGCCAGUUGCCCCCGAGGCCUAAGUUUUUAGAUUAUCAAUAAAUUGUUUAUAAAAGAAAA